GACUAAUUACCACUCAGUACUCAGCCGUCUAUCUGAGGACCCGUCAGCGAGCAUGGACGCGGCAGAGGACAAGGAGCGAGCAGAGAAUGGCGCGGCGAACGCAGACGUCGACGCGGAGACGCCGUUCGAGGUCGCUGUCGCCCUCACAGGCCAGGGUCGCUUCCACCUGACUGCCCUCACCGUUUGUGGUUUCUGCCUCAUGACGCUCAUCUUUGAGUCGCUGGCGGCUGCCUACGUCACGCCGGCGGCCCAGUGCGACUUCGACAUGUCCUCCUUCGAGAAGGGCUUCCUGAGCGGUACUAUCUACAUAGGCAUGAUCGUGAGCUCCCACCUGUGGGGGUUCGUGGCGGACACGCGCGGCCGGCGGCUGGUGCUGUCUGUGACGCUGGCGGCCAACAGCGCGUGCUCCGUGGUCGCUGCCUUCAUGCCCAGCCUGCCCCUGCUCAUCUUCCUCCGGCUGCUCAACGGCAUCUUCAUCUGCGGGCCCUCUGCUGUGACGUACGCCUACCUCGGGGAGUUCCACGGUGAGAAGACGCGCACUCAGAGCAUGGUCUACGUCUGCGUCUUCAUCGCCGUUGCCAGCGUCGCACAGCCGGCAUUGGCGUGGGUGGUGAUCCCACAGCCGUGGGACGUGGCGCUGGGGGCUAUGCGGCUGCACUCAUGGCGCGUCUUCCUGCUGCUGGGGGCGGCGUUGAGUGCCAUCACCUUUGCACUGCUCAGGCUGUUCAUGCCGGAGAGCCCCAAGUUCCUGCUGGUUGCCGGCCGGAGGGACGAGGCACUCGACGUGCUCCGCCACAUGUUCGCCACCAACAAUGGCGUACCACCGGACAAGUUCCCCGUUACAGCCCUCCAGAGGGACUCGCAGUCACUGUCAUCAGUGGGCGUCGACACCAAGUCCCCAGCGGCCAUCGCUCGCCACAUGUGGAGGCAGACUGCCCCACUGUUCAGACCGCCCUACCUGCUGUACACACUGCUCGCCUGUCUUCUGCAGUUUGGCCUCUACGCCAGCUCUAAUGGCUUCCUGCUGUGGCUGCCAGACCUGGUGACCCGCAUGUCGCAGUACAACAUGGCCUACCCUGGCCAGGAGACCACCGUCUGUGACGUCAUCGCUAUCCUCGCUGGACAGAUGCCACCACCUGUUGACGUUCAGACCAACUACUCCAGUGUUCUGAAUGUGACCGCCACAGAGCUGUGGACCGAGGAGGCCACCUGGAUGGAAGCCACUGUCACCAGUGGCCUCCUGGAGAACUCCAGCACACCAAUCCCGGAGGCAGCAUGCUCAGCAUCCAUCAGCAGUUCCAGCUUCCAGAACACUCUCAUCAUCGGUGUUGGCAUGGCCGUCUCCUUUGCCUCCGUCACCCUGCUGCUCAGGGUCGUCUCCAAGAAGACCAUCAUCGCGGUGUGCCUGGCAGUGUCUGGUGCGUGCGGGGUGUCCAUGAUCUGGGCCCAGACGGAGCUGCAGAUCCUGCUGCUGCCCAUGGCCUUCAUCGUGCUCUCCGGCAUGUGCAUUGCGGUCGUCAACAGCGUCGUCGUCGACAUCUUCCCCACCUACCUCAGAGCCAUGGCGGUGUGCCUGUCACUGUGUUGCGGCCGCCUGGGCACCUUCAUCACAUCCCUCAUGCUGGGUGCCCUCAUUGACUCCAGCUGCAUCCUCGCUAUUGCCAUCCUUGGAGGAUUUGUCUUUGCUUGUGGUGUACUCUCGACAUUGCUGCCAUCUGAGGCAAAGCUGAAGAGGAUGAACCACUGAGGGCAACUGCAGUGUGGCGUCUGCAUCCUUGCUGCCAUUUUCAGGAGCCUGAGGUGUCACCCACGUGUGCUGCUCUUAUCACCAUACCUUGUGACCUCAACGAUGAGACGUUGUCCUAAGUGCUUCGUGUAGUCCGCUGUGAUGGUCAGCAUCCUGCAUCACUGUCUUAAACAUGACGUGGUGCACCAGCUAUUAUUAUUUUGGUGCCAGACAGAUGUGAAUGGCACAAGAAGAAACAGAGACUGCCAACUUGUGAAAACUACACAAAACAAACUGUACUCUAAAGUACUAGCUUCAUUCUUUUGCACUUUUCAUACAUUUAUCAAUGUACCACCAAUUCAGUGACCAUUAUAGCAUUGUUAACUUGACCUGAUGUAUUAAUUUAGAGAGAUUAAUUGAGGAAAAAGAUGAAAUUAAUUUUGUUGACCUCCUUCUUUAAGAAACUAAACAAACUGCAUUGAAGCACAAAUAUUGGAAUACAUUUGUGAUAUGAUAAUUCUCGACAUAGAAAGUAAGUUCAUGAGGUGUGUUCAAAAAAUAAUGGGAAAUGUUGUUUUUUGGAAAUAAUUUUAUUUAUAUGUCUACAUCAAUGUUAUCACCUUCAAAGUAGUCAUACUCACAUCAGCCCAUUUCCCAUCCUGUGAAAAACUUUUGUAAUUCUGUCUUUCAGAUAGUUUAUUGCUCUUUCAGUGAUGGACUUUUAAUCUCACCUAUGCUUGUGAAAGUAUGAUCCUUUUAAGUUUCCUUUACUUUUGGGAACAGAAUGAAAGUCAUGUGGUGUCAUGUCUACUGAAUGUGGAGGUUGAGGAAGUAUUAUAAUGUAAUU